UGCUCUCCUCCUUGCACCCCUUCGGCGGCUGCGGAAGGGCUGAAAAAAUGGCGGCUCCGGGGGCGAGCGGGCCGGGCUCUGCUAACAACCCGCGCAAGUUCAGCGAGAAGAUCGCGCUGCAGCGCCAGAGGCAGGCGGAGGAGACGGCAGCCUUCGAGGAAGUCAUGAUGGAUAUCGGCUCCACCCGGCUCCAGGUGCAGAAGCUGCAGAUGUCGCACAUGAGAGGCUCCUACUAUGGCGGCUCCCUGCCCAACGUCAACCAGAUGAGCAGCGGGGCCUCCGACUUCCAGGGCCCCCCGCAGUCACAGCUGGAUGCCCGGAGCACCCGUCAUGGCGGAUUAGUGGAGAGAGUCCACCACAGAGACCCCCGCCGGAUGAUGUCGCCGCUGCGCCGCUACAUGCGCCAGGUGGACAGUUCUCCGUACGGCGCCUCCUAUCUCUCCCCGCAGCCGGAGUCGUCCUGGAGAAGGACCCUGCCCUGGGGCGCCUACCCCUCGGACACAGCACAGCUGUUUAGGCUGCCGAGCGCUUUAAACAGAACAAACUCCGAUUCUGCCCUGCACACAAGUGUGAUGAACCCGGCCCCGCAGGAGCCGUACCCCGGACCACCACAGGGGGGCCCCACUGCCUCCCGCAGGACUGGCUUCCCGUUCGGUGUCCCGGCCAUAGAGGAGUCUCAGGCGGACGGCGGGCGGUUACUGAGUCCAUGUGACGCCAGAAAAAUGCCCGCCGCCUCCCCGCGCCCCAAGUCCUGUGAGGUCCCCGGGAUUAACAUUUACCCCUCGGUGGAUCAGCCGUCCAGCGUCCCCCCGGUGCCCUCUGUACUGAAUACUGGGGGGUCCUUACCGGACCUGACCAGCCUGCACUUCCCCUCCCCCCUCCCCACCCCCCUGGACCCGGACGAGUCUGGAUUCAGCAGCCUGAGUGGCGGGAGCAGCACCGGGAACCUUGCCAGCACCAUGACCCACCUGGGCAUCAGCAGGAUCGGGCUGCCCCCCGGGUAUGACUCAGGUUUCCCGUCCGCUGUGCCGACCCCUCUGAGCCGCCAGUCCCUGCAGUCAUCGCUGAGUAACCCGAACCUGCAGACCUCGCUCAGCAGCGCCUCCCUCCAGACCUCCUACAGUAACCCGUCCCUGCAGUCCUCGCUCAGCAGCCAGUCCCUGCCCUCCUCCCUCAGUAACCAGUCGCUCUCUCCCUCGGCCAGCAGCCCGUCCUCUCCGUCCUCCUCCUCCUUCCCUCUGGCCUCUCUGAACACCUCCCCUCGGCGCAGGGUCCCGCUCAGCCCCCUGACAUUGCCAAUGGCCGCAGACUCCAGGAGGCCUCACCAGAAGCAGUUCUCGCCGACCAUGUCCCCCACGCUGACGUCUAUCACCCAGGGCGUCCCACUGGACACCAGCAGAUUUCCCUCCGAGCAGAGACUGCCACCUUAUCAUUAUAGUCACCCAAAUUUACUGCACCAGUCCCAGCAGCGUGUGCACCAGUCCCAGCAGCCAGCACAGGAGUCCCAGCACCAGUCCCAGCCGCCUCUGCACCAGUCGGCACAGGACUCCCAGCAGCCUCUGCACCAGUCAGCACAGGACUCCCGGCAGCCUCUGCACCAGUUUGCACAGGACUCCCAGCAGCCUCUGCACCAGUUUGCACAGGACUCCCAGCAGGCUCUGCACCAGUUUGCACAGGACUCCCAGCAGCCUCUGCACCAGUUUGCACAGGACUCCCAGCAGGCUCUGCACCAGUUUGCACAGGACUCCCAGCAGCCUCUGCACCAGUUGGCACAGGACUCCCAGCAGCCUCUGCACCAGUUUGCACAGGACUCCCGGCAGCCUCUGCACCAGUUUGCACAGGACUCCCAGCAGCCUCUGCACCAGUUGGCACAGGACUCCCGGCAGCCUCUGCACCAGUUGGCACAGGACUCCCGGCAGCCUCUGCACCAGUUGGCACAGGACUCCCGGCAGCCUCUGCACCAGUUGGCACAGGACUCCCGGCAGCCUCUGCACCAGUCCCAGCACUCUAUACAGGAAGGCCAGUCAUCGUUACACCAGUCCCAGCAUCGGCCCCAGCAGCAGUCCCAGAAUCCCCUGGCGGAGGUUUCCCAGAAGCCUUUGCCACAAACCUCUCCGAGAAAGAAUCAUACAGUGAUGUCAGGCAUGCCGCCCUACGCGUACCCGCAGCACCCGGGAGGACCCUUCUACCAGCCGUCCCUGGGGGACUACAAUUCUCUGCUCAGCAGUCUCUUCGAUGACUGUGAUCUACAGCUCUCAGCCCAGCAUGCCAGCCGUCUGUCACAGCAGUUUGAGCAGUGUAAUAUGGUGGAGGGCGACCGCCUGGGCCUGAGCGGCAGCUACUUUCCUGGGGAGUACCCUCCGGUGCAGAACUCGGGCUCCUCGCAGUCCCUGAAGAAUCUCCACAACCGCAGCCACCACGACCCCAUCCCCAACAUCAUCCUGACAGCUGUGGACUCCCCUCCCGGCUUCUCCAAGGAGAUCACCAGCGCGCUGUCCGCCGUCCCCGGCUUCGAGAUGGACCAGUCUCUGGGUCUGGAGGAAGAUCUCAACAUCGAGCCCCUCACCCUGGAUGGACUCCAUAUGCUCAGCGACCCCUACGCCCCCCUGACGGACCCCCUGGUGGAAGACUCCUUCCGCUCCGACCGGCUGCAGUGAAGAGGACCACGUGCCCGCGCCGGGGGAGGUGCCCCUAAUCUUAUAUUUUAUUAUUCCGGAGAGGGUGACCCCUACAUUCCCUGCGGCAGGUCCCCCCCGGUGACUAUUUUCCUGUAUCCACUUUCCAAGAAUUGGGAGCCACAAGUAUGGCCGCCCCGCCGUGACUUUGAGCCAUUUCUUCGUGGUCAGUGGCGGUCCUCGGACUUGUGUUGUGUACUGUGCCUUUAACGUGAGCGCUCCUACCGCAGUGUCCCUGACGCCCGACUUUUCUAUAUUUCUUAUUGUUUUUUAGGUAAAACUUAUUUAUUGACCCCCGAUUUUGCAGACGCGGGGGCGAGACGGGAGGUGAUCCGCCCCUUGUCCAUUUCCUUUUCUAAACUGUGCUGUAUAGAUAUGUAUAUAUUUGUAUGGAAGACGUACUUUUUAUAAGAUAGCAAAAAUAAAUGAGAAAAGUGCUGA